AUGCAAUUGUUUUCAACAAUUGAUUCAUCUUUUCUUGAUUGUUAUCAUUUAUGGAAACUUAUUUUUCUUGUUCUUCGAACAACACGAUUAAUUCAGUGUCAAAUGCAUGAAAAUGUUAAUACAUCAUCAUCAUUUUUUGCGGUUAACAUAUUUCCAUCAUUAGUAUUACGUUCACAAGAUAAUUUACCUUUAACCGAACAAGCUAUAUAUGAUUUACGUAAUGAUAUGAGAAAAGCAAGUGAAUUAAAUGAUUUUGAUGAUGAAGAUUAUGUCGAAGAAGAAGAUAUUGAUAUUGAAAAUUAUAACUACCAACAUUUUCAAACAUCAUCAACGUCAUCAUCAUCAUCAUCAACAUCAACAUUUCGUUCUAUUAUAAUUAAUUCAAUCGCCUCUAUUACUACUGCCAUGGCAACAACAACGACAACGACAACGACAACAACAACAACAACAACAACAACGACAACAACACUUUCAGAGAUAAAUAUUCCAAAAACAAAAAUGAUUGAAAGUAAUACAUCAAAUGAUCAAUAUACGAUCAUAUCAGCAUCAUCAUCAUCUCAUCUUGUAUCUAUGUUUAUUUGUUUACUAUUUUCAUUUAGUUUAUUGUAUAGGUAUAUUCAUAUGAAUAAUUUUUUAUUUUAA